GCUCGCGCCCCGCGCCCCCCCCCUUCCCCCCCUCCCCUCUCCCCGCCAUGGCACGGCCCCCCCCGGCGCCGCGCCGCCCCCCCCCGCGCCCCGGGGCCGCUCUGAGCCAGGUGUGAGGCCCCCUCCGGAGGAGGCAGCCCCCGCCGCUCCCAGCCCUGCCCGCCGCAGCCUCGCUGGGGGCAGCCCUGACGCCGGGGUUUUCCUUUUCUUUUCUUUUUUUUUUUUCCCUGGCUUUUUUUUUUUCCCCUUCUUUUUUUGGCCUUCCUCCCCCUCCUCUCCCCUCCUCUCCCUCCCUCCCGUGCCGCCGUCAGGGAAUCCAGCACUGCACCGAAGCCAGAAGAGAGGGAGCAAAACCCAGCCCAGGCCGAAAGCUGCGUCCAAAACAAAACCCACCCUUUUUAUUGCAAAGGAGAUAUUUUUUCUUUUUUUUUUAAUUUUUAUUAUAAUUAUUUUUUAAUCCUGACCCAAGACAUAGGGGCGGAAGCGGAGUCAGGGCGGGGAGGCUUUCCCGGUUAUUUAUUUUCUCCCCCCGCAGAGGUGUCUCCUCCGGCCGCCGGCUCACCAUGAUGUUUCGAGACCAGGUCGGCGUGUUGGCCGGUUGGUUCAAGGGCUGGAACGAGUGCGAGCAGACUGUUGCGCUGCUCUCGCUGCUGAAACGCGUCAGCCGGACUCAAGCUCGCUUCCUCCAGCUCUGCCUGGAGCACUCCCUGGCAGACUGCACCGAGCUCCACAUCCUCGAAGGGGAGGCCAACAACCCCGGAAUCAUUAACCAAUGGCAACAGGAAUCCAAGGAUAAAGUGAUUUCCCUAUUGUUAACCCACCUGCCUUUACUGAAGCCCGGAAACAUCGAGGCAAAAGUCGAAUACAUGAAACUCUUGCCUAAAAUCUUGGCCCACUCAAUCGAACACAACCAACACAUCGAGGAGAGCAGGCAGCUGCUGUCCUACGCCUUGAUACACCCUGCCACCUCCUUAGAGGACAGGAGCGCCCUGGCCAUGUGGCUCAACCACCUGGAGGACCGCACAUCGGGUGGCUUCGGCAGCCAGAGCAGAGGUCGGUCGGAUUCGGUGGACUACGGGCAGACGCACUACUAUCACCAAAGACAAAACUCUGACGACAAGCUCAACGGAUGGCAAAACUCUCGAGACUCGGGCAUAAGCGUCAGCGCUCCCAGCUGGCAGGACAAAAACCUGGCGUGCGAGAAUGGCCAUCUGCCCCUCUACUCCUCCUCCUCCGUCCCCACAACCAUCAACACCAUUGGCACUAGCACAAGCACCAUUCUCUCAGGCCAGACACACCACAGCCCUUUGAAACGCUCUGUGUCCCUUACCCCACCCAUGAAUGUGCCAAACCAACCUCUAGGACAUGGAUGGAUGUCUCAUGAGGACUUACGAGCUAGAGGACCCCAGUGCAUCCCUUCCGAUCAUGCCCCCCUGUCUCCACAAAGCAGUGUAGCCUCUUCGGGAAGUGGUGGGAGUGAACAUUUAGAAGAUCAGCCUUCCGCUCGUAACACAUUCCAGGAGGAAGGGAGUGGGAUGAAAGAUGUCCCAGCCUGGCUGAAGAGCCUCCGGCUGCACAAGUACGCCGCCCUCUUCUCGCAGAUGACGUACGAGGAGAUGAUGGCCCUCACCGAAUGCCAGCUCGAGGCACAAAACGUUACCAAAGGUGCAAGACACAAAAUAGUCAUCAGUAUCCAAAAGCUAAAAGAAAGACAAAACCUGCUCAAAUCUUUAGAAAGGGACAUCCUGGAAGGUGGCAACUUGCGUGUCCCGCUGCAGGAACUACACCAAAUGAUUCUCACCCCCAUCAAAGCCUACUCUUCCCAAAACUCGAGUACGGAGGAGCACGGCCGGGACGUGGACUCGCAUCACCCUUCCUCCCUGAUCAGCUCAGACAGCCAAGGCUCUGACUGCAAGGACUCUGCCGCGGGGGGGAUGCAGCAGCACCAUUUGCCGGGAUGCGAGGGGGAGUCAGGGGGGGCCCCUUUGCCUGAAGGCGACCUGCCCGGACAGUUCACCAGAGUGAUGGGGAAAGUAUGCACACAACUUUUAGUUUCCCGACCCGAUGAAGAGAAUAUAAGUUCCUAUUUACAGCUCAUAGACAAAUGUCUAAUCCAUGAGGCGUUUACAGAGAUCCAGAAGAAGCGGCUGCUGUCAUGGAAACAGCAGGUGCAGAAACUCUUUCGGUCUUUCCCUCGGAAAUCCCUCCUGGAGCUGUCAGGCUAUCGGCAGCAGAGGAGCCGAGGCUUUGGCCAGUCGAACUCCUUACCGACAGCCGGAUCUGCAGGGGCAGGACUGGGCCGGCGAAACCCCCGCCAGUUCCAGAUCCCCUCCCGCAACCUCCCCACUGCCCGGCUGGGGCUGCUGGGCCCCAGUGGGCUGCUGGGCACCCCCCAGCGCAGCCCUGCCGCCAGCCCCGCCAUCCUCAAGCAAGGCAGACAGAACCUCUGGUUUGCCAACCCCGGGGGCAGCAACAGCAUGCCCAGCCGGAGCCACAGCUCGGUGCAAAGGACGCGCUCGCUGCCAGUCCACACCUCCCCGCAGACCAUGCUGAUGUUUCAGCAGCCAGAGUUCCAGGUGCCGGUGACUGAACCUGACAUCAACAACAGGCUGGAGUCCCUGUGCCUGAGCAUGACGGAGCACGCACUCAGCGAUGGUGUCGACCGAACCUCCACGAUCUAGAAGGCGUCGCGACGGGGACGCUGGCCGGGAGAACAACUGCUGCGGGUCCAGCGGCGAGGUCGGGGCUUGCAGGGAGCCUCAGCGAUAGCUUGCAUCCUUUCUCCUCUCUCUCCUCUCCUCUCUCUUUCUCUCUCUCUCCUGUUUUAAUUUUGUGAAUGUGUAGAUUGUCCUUGUGAACAUAUCAUUAGACUUGGAAUUUGUGUUGUCAUUUAUUACAUCCAUGCUAAGGGGGGGAAAAAAAAGGUGAAAAAUCGACGAUGAUGAAGAAGCAUGGGGAGGGUUGGGGGGGGACGCGGCAGGAGAGUGCUGACAACGGAGGGUUCACCGGAGCACCGCGGGCAAACCCUGUUUCUGGAUGAGGAUACGAAUGAAUCUUGAAUAUCACGCGGGUGUGUACGACCAAAAACCCUUUGGGGAGGAGUUGCCUGUCCCGCCCGGGGCUUGGGGGCCGGUGGUCCCGUCUCUUGAGUUUCGCUGCAUUCAGGCAUGGACUGGCCCGGCGAGCCCAGAUUUAAAAAAGAAAAAAAAUAAAUAACCCCAAAAUUUCCUUUCAGUUCAGCCAAGAGCAUCGGCAGUUUCGAGGCAGUGUUGUGCACAAAGCAGCGGAGGCGGAGGGUCGGCGGGCACCUACCGGGCGUGGGGUCACACACCCCCCCGUCCCUGCUCCCCUGGCACGGGUCAGGGUGCCGGGGCUCGGGGUGGGGGGCAUCUCGCCUAGCGGAGGGUCCCGGGGAUGUCGGCAAAGGGGGGGGAUUCUGGGUGAGUUUCCUUGUCUCUUGCCUUGCCUGCGUGGGUACCGGGAAGGUGCUGCAUCCUGGCUUCACACAUCUGCCCCCAGCCCGCCGAAAUCCAGCCACGAGGGGCUUUUCCAGCCCCGAGGUGGCCGAUGAGGGAUGAAGGAGGCUUGGGACCGAGCGCAUGGUUUUUAUUUAGCCAAAUAAAAACCAAGCCCCAAAGGGCACCAAAAUACAGCUCCACAGCCCCAUUUUUCUUGGCAUUAAACGUGUGCUGGGGAGAAGGUGUUGCUCAGCUGCCUCCUCAUCCGCCACUGCAUUGCUUCCUGUAACAGGGAGCUAAAUUUGGUCCAAGGGAAUUAAAUAGAUAAACCUGAUAUGGCGCUGCUCAAGCCCAUGCUCAAAGCAAGGUCGGGGCCAGAACCGCCAUCCGUGCCCGUGGCGAUGCUCGGCGUAGCACUGGCUUUGAUCCUGCCGGGCCUGAUGAUGCUCUGAGUCCCCUGGUGGAAUAAUAAUAAAUUUAAAAUUAAGUAAUGAAGGGAGGUGACGGGUGGGUGCGGCAGCCACGGGGGCUGCAGCAAUAUUCCCAAAAUGGGCUCGGCCGUGAGCACCGACGGGCAGCAGCGAGUGCCGGGACCGGCCGGAGCAGGGCUGGGAGCUAAGGGGGACCCGGAGCGUCAGCUGGGCCGGCGGGGAUGGGAGAUGUGUGACUCCAUUUCCAUGCAGCAUUUUUGAGUCUUUUUCUUUAAAAACAAGUGCCAAAUGCAAUGUUUUAUGUUUGCUGUUCCUUGGUGUCCUGUUUCCCGGCAGGCAUGAGAUGGGGGUAGGGGGGUGUUGGGGGGGGAGCAGAGAAGGGAAAACCCGAAAGCGAGGGAGGUUGGGAAGAGGUGUGAGGAGGUGAAGCGGGGGCCGGGGGGGGCCGAGCCGCAGGCGCCGGCUGGCGCUGGGGCCCUGGGUCACCCCACCGAGCACCCCCAGGUUGUAUGAAACCGAGGUGUGAACACUACCGCCGUAGCAGGAGCCUUUCCCCAGGGAAGGCUCAAAUGUAUUUACGGAGCUGAAAUUCUAUUUAUUCCUUCGCUGACUAUAGAAACAGAGGUUAUCUGAUUGUUAAGAGAUAUUAUUUUGGAUAUAUUACCUAUUAACUUGCUAUGGCUGGUAACCAUGAUUAUGUCUGUUAUUAACGACCACCAAAUAAUUCAAUUGUUUUUUUUCCUUUUGUUAAAAAAAAAAAAAAAGCAGCUUAUUUUCCAUUGACAGUGUAUAGGUUAAUAAUGACUUCGUUGUGUUUGCUGUUUCUUGGGGUUUUUUUAAGUAAAAAAAAAGAAAAAAAGUGGCUUCAGUUGCGUUCGGGAAGUCCUGCCUGGCUCUGGGGUGCCUGCGCUGAGUGCAGGCAGCAGAGCUCCAGUGAAAGAAAUCUAAAAAAAAAACAAAAAGGCAAAAAAAAAGCUUGAAUCCUAAAAGAAAAUAAAAAUUAUUUAUAAAAAGAAAAAAGAAAAAAAAAAACAGUUGCAUGAGUGAGGCUGUGAAGUCAAAUCUUUAGUAAUAAAGCGGCAGUGCCUUUCUUUUUUGUAUUCACCCAUUCACCCCACGUGCAACUGUUUUGUACCACGCGCGCGUCGUGGCGAGGGCAAUGUCGCCGCCGCGGGGGCCCUCGGCGUCGGGUGGGCAUCUCCCCCCCCUGCUCCCCCAGAGUCAGCCCCUGGCCCCCCCCAGCACCCGCCGGGGACCUUUUACUGGUGCUGUUCCCCUGAGCCGUCCCCGGCUGCAGCGGGGGAGGCCGGCCAGCUCAGCGCCCAAGUGUCCUUGGGUCCGGCGGAUGCUCCCCGCGGCUGCGACACCCAGGGGAAAAAGAAAUAAAAACCCACCCUUUUCUUUCGAGGUGUCCUCCCCCUCCCCAGGGACAAGCCCUGCGCUCGACUCGACUUGAGCUGGGCUUUGCCUCUGCUCGCUCAGCUCAUUUAAAAAAAAAAAUCUUGGAGGGGGGGGUCAAGCCCGGCCAGCAUCCAGCAGGAAAAUCCAAAACUGUGAUUUACACCCGCGAGUGGCGCGGAUCAAAGCUCGAGUUUGGUCAGCACUUAGGGAAACUAUUUCUGUUGUCACCUUUCUCCAUGUCGGGGUGCAGCCGUGCCCCAGGUUUGGCUUUCUGAAUGUGCCUGAUGGAAAGUGGGUCCUGCAGACGUCUAUAAUUUGCACACAGCGACGAUAACACUAAAGUUGAUUUUAUACGAGUCAUCAGAGUUUGCAAAGUGAGUUUUAUUUUUUGUAUUCCUUUAUCUUUACUUAAAGGUGAAUGUGUAUUCCUCUGGGAGGAAUAGGAAGAAAAAAAAAACCAGGAAUGUUAAUAAUGUUAAACAAAUACUUCCUCCCUUAUUAAUAUAUAUAACCCUUAUGUAUUUAUGCAUAUUGUAAGCUUACUUUAAAAAGCUUUGAACUCUCUUCUGUUGCAUGCCGUUCCCGGGCAGCUUUUUAUUGUACAUGCAUGCCUUUAGUCCUGGUUUUUCUGUACAAAGUUAGUGCACAAAGAACUAUUUUUGCCUAGUUAAUGUUGCCGAGCAAUGCAUAUUUUUUAAACUUUUUUUUUUUUUUGUCAUAUAUGGAAAUAGCAUGUUUGUUACAUGUAAAAGCUUCCCGAUAUAAAGAAAUACUAAUGUUUGGAGAUGCCGGUCUUUGCAAGUGUACAGUUUUCAAAUGUUGUUCCCAGUGAAACACCCUUGUGAUUUCAACUUGCUCCAAUGUAUUUAUUACUCAUUUCCUCCCAUGUAACUAGGAAUCAUGGCUAUAUUUCAUAUCAACGUUAUAUUGAAAGUGAAGGGAGAUGAUUAAUACAAGGUUUUGUAACA